GAAACCAACAAUUAAAACACCAACCAACCCUUCACCUCAAACAAAUACUAGUAGUAUACUCAUAAUAAUUCUCAUAUCCUUCAACAAAUAAAUCAAAACAAAAACAAUGGAGCCCGAGCCUAUCAUCUCGGAGAGCCCUACGGUUGAUUAUAGCUCCACCGUGGACACAUCUCGUCCUUUCAGCUCCGUCAAAGAAGCCGUAGCUAUCUUCGGAGAACGCCUUCUUGUUGGAGAAAUAUACUCUCCAUCUCCAAAACCAUUCUCUUUCUCAGAAACUACUACUAGUACUACGUCUGCUACUACCGCACCUUAUUAUUCUCCUUCGGUAACUAUUAAGCGAGAACCAUCAUGGAGAUCAAUGCCAUCAUCACCAUCACCAUUUAGUCCCAUCAAAUCACCAUCAUCAUUUAAAGAAGAAGAAAACAACAACAAUAAUACUAAUAGCCUUUUUGAUACAGUAAAGAAGCUAGAGGCGGAGCUUGAGAAAACGAAAACAGAAUUGAAGAUGUUGAAGGAAAGAGGGAGUGAAACAGAGGUAGCAUUGGCAACAUUGAAUGCUGAGCUUCACAAGAACAUGUCCAAAUUGGCUCAAGCUGAAGCUGCUGCAGCUGGAAAAGCAGCUGCAAAAACUGUGAGGUUUGAGAACAUUGUUGAGAGACAAAACAUUCAUAAUAAUAUUAAGGAAGGUGAAAAAAAGAUGAGGAAUACACAAACACUGUCUGAGAUGAUUAAUCUUGGAGAAAAUGAUCAUCUUUUUGGAGGAGGGAAAAAGAGGUUUAAUAAUAAGAGCACUAAGCAGAAGCCUAUUAUUCCUCUUCUUGGUGAUUUGUUUUUCAAAAGAAAGAAUUCUUCUUCUACUAAUCACCAUAAUAAUCCUCUUUAUGCUUCUCCUUUUUAAUGUAUGUGUUGUUUUUUUUUUUUAAUUCAUUCAUGUGUGUGAUUGGGAUUAUUAAUUAAUUGGACAGUUAGAGGUCCAAAGGUUGAAAUUUGUAUCAUUAAUUUCUGGGAUGUGUGUCUUUUUUUUUUUUUGAUGUUUUCUGUAAAAGUUAAUGUUUGUAUGAUUCUGUAUCCUCCAUGUCAAAUUAAGAACAAGGAUCUUCCAAUCUGCCACCCAUUGGAACUUGCAAAUAUUUCUACGGAGGAAACAAACUAGAAUAAUCAGUUUAAAUAAACAAAUUGUUUUAUGUUGUUUUCAAA